AUGACAAAGGGCUCGACGUCGGAUUCGGGCUUGGAUAGCUUGAAAAAUGUCGAAUUCUCGGAUGGCAAAUCGGAGAAAAAGGAGGGCUCUCUACCGACCAUCACCCUGCGCCAGCUGUACCGGGACUGCAGCCCGCUCGAUUAUUGUCUGCUGGCCCUUGGGCUCUGCGUUUCGAUGUGCACCGGGGCCGGUCUCCCGCUGAUGGCCAUUUUACAAGGAAACAUCGGGCAGUCGUUCAUCAACGAACAGAUCUUCAUCGAUAAUCAGAGCGUUCCCUUCAACGAUAACUUUACGGAGGACACUUUUCGGAAGGCAAUAAUGCGGAUUGUCUACGAGUACGCUGGACUUACUGUUGGAAUUUUUUGUGCCGCCUAUUUACAGAUUAGCUGCCUGUUGUCGGUGUGUGAGCGGAUGAACAACCGGAUGCGAAGAGCCUUCUUCCGCGCCAUCCUCCGCCAAGAGAUCGCCUUCUUCGACAACAGCCAGGGCGGCACGAUGGCCACGCGGCUAUUCGACAACUUGGAGCGCAUACGGGAGGGCACCGGCGACAAAGUGGGCUUGAUGAUACAGUAUAUUUCGCAGUUUUUUACAGGCUUCAUCAUUGCGUUCACGCACAACUGGAAGCUGACGCUGAUCAUGCUCGCCUUCACACCACUGCAGGCCAUUUGCGGCUUCUUUAUAUCAAAGUCCAUGACGACGCUGACGCAGCUUGAGUCGGUAAAGUACUCCAAAGCUGCGCAAGUAGCGGAGGAAGUCCUCUCCUCGAUUCGCACCGUCAUCGCGUUCAACGGGCUCGGCAAGGAAGCUGACAGGUAUUCUGACGCUUUGGGCGAGGCCCGUAAAAUGGGUAUCCUGAAGUCGGUGUCGAUUGGAGGGUCGUUCGGGGCAAUGUGCCUUGUGAACUUCAUGAGUCUGGCGCUCGCGUUCUACAUCGGUGUCGGAUGGGUGCACGGCGGGGAGAUCAACCCCGGGCAGUUGUUGACGGUGUUCUUCGCGGUGAUGAUGGGCUCGAUGGCGCUCGGGCAGGCCGGCCCCCAAUUCGCCGUCCUCGGCGCGGCAAAGGGGGCGGCCGCCAGCAUCUACGAAGUCCUUGACAGGGUCCCAUUGAUCGAUUCUCAAAACACAACGGGUCGUAGCGAGCCCCCAGUCAGCGGACAAAUCGAAUUUAGAAACGUCUCCUUCUCUUAUCCGUCAAGGCCGGAAGUCCAGGUUCUGAAGAACAUCUCCUUCUCGGUGAGCCCCGGCCAGACGAUAGCCCUGGUGGGCAGUUCGGGCUGUGGCAAAAGCUCCAUCGUCAAUAUGUUGCUACGAUAUUAUGAUCCGGAGCGCGGCCAGAUUUUAAUAGAUGGGGCUCCGAUCGAUGAGCUGAACAUCGCUUUUCUGCGGCAACAAAUUGCCGUCGUCUCCCAGGAGCCGGUGCUGUUCAACUGUUCAAUCGAAGAGAAUAUACGGCUAGGCAACGAAGAGCUUGACCACCGGCAACUCGUUGAAGCCUGCAGGGCGGCGAAUGCCGAGCAUUUUAUCAGGAAGUUGCCUCAAGCCUACGCAACGGAGGUCGGCGACCGCGGGACCCAGCUUUCUGGUGGGCAAAAACAGCGAAUCGCCAUUGCUCGGGCUCUUGUCAGAAAUCCACGAAUCCUGUUGUUAGACGAGGCGACAAGCGCAUUGGAUGCAGAAAGUGAGGGGCUGGUGCAGCUGGCUCUGGAAAAGGCAUCGCAAGGCCGCACGACCAUCAUCAUCGCCCAUCGGUUGUCGACGAUUCGGAACGCCGACAAGAUCUUUGCGAUCAAGGAUGGCCAGGUCCAUGAGGAAGGGACGCACGACGAAUUGCUGGCCCAGCACGGUCUAUAUUACGAGCUGGUCCACGCGCAAACUUUUGCCGAUGUCAUUGACAACGUGCAAAGUCAUGAGGAGGAAGCUGCACCAGGGAGAACAAACUCAGUGCUCCGCCACCGAGCCAGCACCAUCAAGUCGUUGGGUGGUCUCGUAGGGAUAGAAAAUGAAGAAGAAGUUGUGGUUGACAAGAAAAAGAAGGACGACCUGACGCGUCUGAAGAAAGAACUCGAAGAGGCCGGCGCGAAACGCUCGAAUUUGCUCGAGUUUUUACGAUUCGCUUCGAAAGAACGGAUUUGGCUGUUAAUCGGCUUAGUGAAUGCUAUUCUGGACGGCUUCACGUUUCCCGCCUAUUCAUUGCUGUUCACCCAAAUUUUGGACGUGUUCACCCUCCCUCCGGCGGACCUCCUCCACAAGGGCCACUUCUGGGCGCUAAUGUUCAUCGUGUUAGCGGUGGCCCAGGGUGUGACGGUGCUAGGAGCGGUAUUUUUCUUCGGCCUCGGCGCGGAAUUGAUGACCCAACGGUUGCGGGCGGCCAUUUUUCGAAACGUUUUGUCACAGGAGGUUGCCUAUUUCGAUUCACCACUUCACGCUACCGGCAAAAUUUGCACGCGUCUGGCCAGCGAUGUUCCGAAUCUGAAGAGUGCCCUGGACUUCCGGCUGUCCACCGUCCUAUCAACCCUCGUAUCGUGUGCGGGCGGGGUGGGCAUCGCCUUCUACUUUGGCUGGCAGAUGGCGCUGCUCUGCAUCGGUCUUUACCCGAUUCUAGGAAUCGGCUCGGCGAUGCGUACCCGAAUUAUGCAGGGCAAACAUCGACAAACGGCGAAGGACCUGGAGAACAGUGGAAAGGUAGCCAUGGAGGCCAUCGAAAACAUUCGCACGGUACAAGCGCUGACACGCGAAGAGACAUUUUACCAAAAAUUCUGCUCGUACCUGGAGGCCCCGUAUCGGGAUGCCAUUCGUCAGGCAUUGAUCCAAGCGGCAGUCUAUGGUUUUGCGUCGUGCGCCAUCUACCUGAUGAAUUGCCUCUGCUAUCGAUUUGGCCUGUACCUCAUUCUACAUCGCGUCGUCACCCCGAUCCACGUACUCAGAGUGAUGUACGCCAUUUCCAUCUCGACAACUACUGUCGGGUUUGCUACUGUCUAUUUUCCGGAGUAUAUGAAGGCGCGUUUCGCGGGCGGCAUCAUUUUCGGGAUGCUCAAGGAGCGCUCGAAAAUCAAUAAUUUAAGCCCCGAAGGGAAGCGGCCGGCAUUGACUGGGAAAAUCUCAUUCAACAACGUGAAAUUCGCGUACCCAGAACGGAAUUCAGUGGAUGUUUUAAAGGGUCUCUCCUUACAUGUGGCCCCGGGUGAGACACUGGCAUUGGUCGGACCAUCCGGUAGCGGAAAGAGUACUGUUGUUGCAUUGCUAGAAAGGUUCUAUGAUGUGACUGGAGGUGCUAUCACUCUCGACGAUGUCGAUAUCCGGGAACUGAACCCGGACCAUCUGCGCUCUCAAAUGUCGCUAGUUUCUCAAGAGCCGAUCCUUUUUGAUUGCUCCAUACGCAAAAACAUUGCGUACGGCAUGGCGACGACGGUCAGCGACGAGGACAUCGUAGCUGCCGCGCAAAAAGCCAACAUACACAAAUUCAUCAUGGAACUGCCGCAGGGUUACGAUACCCGGGUUGGCGACAAGGGCACGCAAUUGUCAGGAGGCCAGAAACAGCGAAUCGCCAUCGCGCGAGCGCUAAUUCGGCAGCCUAAGAUUCUACUUCUCGACGAGGCGACCAGCGCCUUGGAUACGGAAAGCGAAAAGAUCGUUCAAGAAGCCCUCGACCGCGCCAGAUCCGGGCGUACCUGUAUAGUGAUCGCCCAUCGACUUUCCACAAUCAUCAACGCCGACCGGAUAGCCGUCGUCCAGGCGGGAACCUUGGUAGAAAUGGGCACCCAUCAGGAACUGAUCGCGCAACGCGGUGUCUAUUAUGAUCUCACAAAACGCCAGAAUCUCCAC